GCUCUCAAAACCAUGAUGAACUGAAGUGUUUAAAUAACUUGUGGAUAAGUUCUUCUACCAUUGUUUUUAAUAGAGAUUACUAUGAAUAUAACACUAGCUUUAGGACAAUGUACGUGAGAGUGUCUCGAAACGGAAUUUGAAGGGUCACUGGACUUUGACUAACUUUGCUGGAACGAAUGGGACAAUUUCGAUAAGUCAUUGAUGGCGAUUGUUAGGUCACUUGAUAAUUUCAAAAAGGCAAUCCGUGAAGCUACGGAAGCAUUGAGUAUUUUUUUCCUUCUUUGAACGCCUUUCUUGUGUUUCCCACAGUUGCUAGGCACGUACAUUUAAGUUCGGCAAAGUCCGCCGUCAAGUCCGCAUGGAUUAUCCAUCUGUGCCCGCGAUACACCGAACACGCGUUUGUGACAUGCUCGUCAUACUCAAAAUGGCGGAAAUGGCUGUUCGGUGAAUUGUGGACACAUUUUUGUUUUUAUCAACGCCAGUCUCGUGAAAUAAGGCAUGGAUAAUCCAAGAAUAGGGUCUUUAAAUUCUCUUGCAGAUUAUGGACUUGGUGAAAGUGACAUUGAAGAUUCUGAUGAGGAAGUAGAAAGCAAAGACAAUCAAGUCAAACCGAUAGUUGUGCCGAGACCUUAUGUUGCUCAAGCCAGAGUGACUUCAAGUGCUCGUCUGGUGUCAUAUGAUGAUGUGGCAGAAGAGGAAGAAGACGCCGGAGAAGGUGCUAAAAAUCAGUACAACAGUGAGCAUACAGUACUAAAUAUUUGGUAUGUUUCUUCUUUACAGGAGAAGAUUAUGAAACUCUUGGAAAAGAAACACAGAGGAAACCUUGAUUUAAAUACCAAUAUACAAAAGAGGAAAGACUUCAGAAAUCCAAGUAUUUAUAAGAAGCUGGUGACAUUCCUUAAUAUCGAUGAAACGGGGAGCAAUUAUCCGAAGAGUUUGUUUGACCCAACAUGUUGGCCAGAGGAAUCCUACUAUGAAAAUUUAUCUAAAGCUCAGAAAGAAGCGUACGAAAGAAAGGAGAAGGAAAAAGCAAAACAGGCCAAGACACAGGUUAGUAUGGACAAUUUAUCAAUUUAAGGUAAUAGGAGAAUUUCAGAAAGUUGGAGAAUCUGUAUGCAGUCGAACUUCUCCACAAUGGCCACCUCGGGGACAGAAAAGUGGCCGUUGUAGAGAGGUGGUAGUUAUGAGAAGGUCGGGGUGCGACAUUUUUGUCUUUAAAUUGUAGCAUGUAAGUACGUACUGUAAUACAAUCAGAGACAGAAGCCAAACAGAAACAGAGACCAACGACGCGCGGUAUGGA